GGAAGCUUGGGACGUCAACAGUCACGUGACUCUGGCAAGCGUCGACACAGUAAACACUGCUUCGAAUUAUUUUUAAAAACAAGCUUUAGAGUUACACCACUUAGCAUCAACAUCUACAGCUUCAUGUACGGAGAUCAUAAACCCCGUUAAAGCAUGGCACAGCAGCGGGGAGUCAACAGCCUGCAGUUCAAUCAAGACCAAAGUUGUUUUUGUUGUGCCAUGGAGACUGGAGUUCGAAUUUACAAUGUGGAACCCCUCAUGGAAAAAGGCCACCUAGACCAUGAACAGGUUGGCAGCAUUAAUCAUUGUUCCAUGCUACAUCGUUCAAACCUCUUGGCUGUGGUGGGUGGGGGUGUUAACCCCAAGUUUUCAGAAAUAUCUGUUUUAAUCUGGGAUGAUGCUAAUGAGGUCAGAGAUGCCAAAGAUAAAUUGGUCCUAGAGUUCACAUUCACAAAGCCAGUUCUGGCAGUGCGCAUGAGGCAUGACAAAAUCAUCAUUGUUUUGAAGAACAGGAUCUAUGUAUAUAGUUUUCCAGACAGCCCUGCAAAACUCUUUGAAUUUGACACUCGAGAUAAUCCAAAAGGUCUAUGCGAUUUGUGUCCCAGUUUGGAGAAGCAGUUAUUGGUUUUUCCUGGACACAAAUGUGGUAGUUUACAGUUGGUGGAGCUUUCUAACACAAAACCCGGCACAUCAUCUGCACCAUUCACUAUCAAUGCUCAUCAAAGUGAAAUCGCUUGCUUGGCUCUAAACCAGCCUGGCAGUGUGGUAGCCUCUGCAUCACAGAAGGGUACUUUGAUCCGUCUCUUUGACACUACCACACGUGAUAAAUUAGUGGAACUACGAAGAGGGACUGAUCCUGCCACAUUAUACUGCAUAAACUUCAGCCAUGAUUCAGCCUUCCUUUGCGCUUCUAGUGACAAAGGCACUGUUCACAUUUUUGCACUGAAGGAUACAAGACUUAAUCGGCGCUCUGCUUUGGCUCGGGUGGGAAAAGUCGGGCCAGUUAUUGGACAGUAUGUAGACAGUCAGUGGUCUCUGGCUAGUUUUACUGUGCCAGCUGAAUGUGCUUGCAUUUGUGCAUUUGGGAAAAACACAUCCAAAAAUGUUAAUUCUGUCAUUGCUAUAUGUGUUGAUGGGACAUUUCAUAAGUAUGUGUUCACUCAUGAUGGAAACUGUAAUCGAGAGGCUUUUGAUGUCUAUCUUGACAUCUGUGAUGAUGAUGAUUUCUAAAGAAGAAGUUCAUAUUGUGUUUAUUUUAUUAAACCUAAGUUUUAAAUGUCUGGAGGUCAUGACAACAGGUCAUGAGAACAAGACUUCUUUUUGUUGAUUUGAAUUUUUUGCUACUUGGACUUUUUAAAAUUUAAACCAUUUGAAUAAACAAAAGGAAGUCCAGUUGCCAACAUUUCCUGAAAACACCUGAAAAAUAAAGUUCAAGAAUUUUACCUGGAUGAUAGAGAAUCUGCAUAGACAUAUUGAAUUUUAAAUGUUUAAUGGUUUAUAUUAAAAAAUAAAGGAAGUUGUGCUUGCUAAAAUUAGCUUAGUGAAAAGUAAAAUACAUGUAUAUUGUUUUACCGUGAUCUGUAAACAAAUCUAAGGCAAUUUUUACAAGGUAAGCAAAAAAAUAUUUCAAAAACCACUUUAUGUAGUGGGUAAAAACAUGUGCAAUUAUUAAACCAGAUUUCUUCAUG